AUGGAAGACGAUGUGACGAUCAGAGAGCAGAAUUUCCACAGCCAAGUGCGCGAGUACAUCGUCUGCUUCCUCUUGUUUGCAGUACUGUACAUUGUGUCGUACUGCAUCAUCUCACAGUACAAGAGGAAAAGUGAUGACCAGGAAGAUGAGGAUGCCAUUGUCAACAGAAUAUCUAUGUACCUGUGUACAUUUACAUUGGCGGUGUCUGGAGGUGCUGUCCUCCUUUUACCAUUCUCUAUAAUCAGCAAUGAGAUCCUGCUUUCUCUUCCAAAAAACUACUAUAUACAAUGGCUCAACGGAUCUCUCAUACAUGGCCUGUGGAACCUGGUCUCCCUCUUCUCAAAUCUCAGUCUUUUUGUGCUGAUGCCUUUUGCCUACUUCUUCCUGGAGUCCGAAGGCUUUGCUGGUUCCAAAAAGGGCAUAAAGGCUCGAGUGCUAGAGACGUUUGUCAUGCUCUUUCUGCUGGGUCUCCUCAUCCUGGGCAUCGUAUGGGUGGCGUCUGCUCUCAUUGACAAUGAUGCUGCCAGCAUGGAGUCACUUUACGAUUUAUGGGAGUUUUAUCUGCCGUACCUCUACUCCUGCAUCUCUCUGAUGGGUGGCCUCUUGCUGCUCAUGUGUACUCCAGUGGGACUGUCACGCAUGUUCACAGUGAUGGGCCAGUUACUAGUCAAACCCACAAUUUUAGAGGAUCUGGAUGAGCAGAUUUAUUGCAUACAGCUGCAGGAAGAGGCCUUGGAGCGAAGACUCAAUGGUGAGUGUUUGUUUACGAGUGUAAAAUAUGACAUUUUGCAUCUCCACAAAGAGCUGGACAGCGUUCGCAAUCAGAGACACAAACUCGAAAGGAGAAAGAAGGCCUCAGCCUGGGAAAAGAACCUCCUUUACCCCAUAGUGAUGCUGAUCCUGCUUGCUGGAACAACGAUUUCUGUUCUCCUGGUUGCCCUGAACAUUGUGUACCUGCUUGUUGAUGAGACAGCCAUGCCAAAGGGUUCAACGGAGAGAGACAUUGGCAAUGCUUCUUUAUCCACAUUUGGAGUUGCCCAGGCGGUUGUUGAAAUCAUCCUCAUGUUUUAUCUGCUUGUCUCCUCUGUGGUUGGUUUCUACAGUCUUCGUAUCUUUCAGGAACUCACUCCCAGAAAGGACGACACCAACAUGACAACGAUCAUUGGUUGCUGUGUUUCCAUACUAGUGCUGAGCUCAGCUCUGCCUGUGAUGUCCCGAACACUCGGAAUAACAAGGUUUGAUCUCCUGGGUGAUUUUGGACGAUUUAACUGGCUUGGGAAUUUUUACAUCGUACUUUCGUACAAUCUUCUGUUUGCUGUGGUGACCACAUUGUGUCUGGUCCGAAAAUUCACAUCUGCCGUGCGAGAAGAACUUCUCAAAGCCCUCGGUCUGGAUAAAUUGAAUCUGUCAACCAGCACGACGGAUGCAGAGUCAGGGAAACAUGUCGUCAACGGACAUCAGAAAACUUUGUGAGGGGAAACGAAUCAUCCAGAUAUUCUGAAGCAAACAUGUGUAUGUGAAUACAGUUGGCUUUUUCAUUUUGAAAUCCAGUCAUGAAGCAUUAAAUAUUAAAUGGACAAUAAUUAGAGAAAGAAG